AUGGCGGCGCCCAGGCGCGGCGUGGCGGAGGGGAAAAUGAAGCGGCCAGUGGCCGCCCGCGCUCGCCGGGGCAGGAAAUUGGACAGGCUGCGGCAGGCGGUUCAGGAGUUCGUGCAGGCAGCUGGUGACCAGUCGCCACUGUCCCUGUUGAACGACUCGGAGAGAUACAACCGCAGGAGCCGCCGGGACGCGAGGAAGGAGAAACGCAAGCUUAAGCGGAGCCGCCGCCGCCGCCUCCAACGGGGGGAGCUGGUGGAGAGUCCCACCGUCCCGGCCACGGCGGCCCCUGUCAAGGCGGCCCCUGUCAAGGCGGCCCCAUCCAAGUCGGCCCCAUCCAAGGCGGCCCCAUCCAAGGCGGCCCCAUCCAAGGCGGCCCCAUCCAAGGCGGCUCCAUCCAAGGCGGCUCCAUCCAGGGCGGUCCCGGCCAAGGCGGCCGCCCACCCCAUAACGCCGGCUUCACCCGCCGGUGCCGUCGGAAAGCAGCGGCCGAGCCCAACAAAGCCACCCCGCGCGAACGCCCCUGGUGCCGUGAGCCUGUCGGCGCGGAAGCGAGCUCUGCUGGAGGCCAACGAGGAGGAGGAGAAGGAGAUCCGGCGGCUGGAGCGGCUGCUGGGACUCAGCAAGCGCCGCAAGAAGAAGCAGGAGGGGACUGCGGCGGAGAGGCUGCCUCAGAGCUUUGUGCGGGACGGGCUGGGCUACGUGCUGGGCGCCCUGGGCUCCCGGGCCGGUCUCAGCAAGCUCUGCGAGAGCAGCGACGAAGAGGAGGCUCCGCGGCCGCGGGAGGGACAGGCAACGCUGCGGGUGGGACAGCCCCGGCUGCAGGAGGACGAGGAGGAGUCGGAAGGCGCCUCGUACCUCUCUGAGGGGGAUGAUGGGGAAGGACAGUCGGAGAGCGAGAGCUCAGCCUCGUCCCCUGAGCACAGCGAAAUACCAGAGGCCAGCGAGCCUCCCAGCGAAGUGGAAGAAGAGGAGAAGGAGGAGAGUCAUAAUCACAGUGAUACAAAGUAUGUUCCCCCUCAAGUAAGGAAAGCUCAGGAGACACUAGAUGACAAGAAAAGAGAGGAAUUAGGAAGACUGAAGAAAAUGGUCAAUGGACUCAUUAACAGGUUAAGUGAACCAAAUUUGUCUUCCAUUAGUGGGCAGCUGGAAGACCUCUACAUGGCCAACAGCAGGAAGGACAUGAAUGAAACUCUGACAGAUAUUCUCAUGAAUGCUUGUGUUAGUGCAGUUGCCAUGCCUGCAAGACUCAUGAUGGAGCAUGUCCUUUUGGUCAGCGUUCUUCAUCAUAAUGUAGGAAUUGAGGUUGGUGCUCACUUCUUGGAAGCUGUGGUGAAGAAAUUUGAUGAAGCCUGUAAAAGUGAUGCUGAAGGGAAAGAAUGUGAAAAUCUACUUGCCUUGAUUGCCCAUCUAUACAACUUCCACGUGGUUCAUUCCCUGCUGAUCUUUGAUAUUCUGAAAAAGCUUGUUAGCACUUUCACUGAAAGAGAGAUUGAGUUGAUUUUGUUUCUUCUGAAAAAUGUGGGCUUUUCCUUAAGAAAAGAUGAUGCAUUGUCUUUGAAGGAACUGAUUACUGAAGCCCAAAGGAAAGCAAACACAGCAGAGAAGAAACUCCAGGAUCAGACUAGGGUUCGCUUUAUGCUGGAGACUAUGUUGGCACUGAGGAACAACGACAUGCGGAAGAUUCCUGGUUAUGAUCCUGAACCAGUUGAAAAACUCCGCAAAUUGCAAAGAACGCUGGUUCACAGCAGCAGUUCUGGAAAAGAAACUCAGCUCCGUGUCUCCCUGGAGUCUCUCCUCAGCGCUGAUCGGGUUGGUCGCUGGUGGAUCGUAGGUUCAUCCUGGAGUGGAACACCAAUGAUCAAUGAUACAAACAGCAAGGCUCAGCAAAAACUGCAUAUAGGAAAGGUGAGUUCAAAGAUAAUGGAGCUUGCUCGUAAGCAGAGAAUGAACACCGAUAUCAGGAGAAGCAUUUUCUGUGUCUUGAUGACAAGUGAAGACUUCCUUGAUGCCUUUGAAAAGCUUCUCAAGCUUGGGCUGAAAGAUCAACAGGAGAGAGAAAUUGUUCAUGUUAUCCUUUACUGCUGCUUACAGGAGAAGACAUAUAACCCCUUCUAUGCAUUUUUGGCCAACAAAUUUUGUGAAUAUGAAAGACGGUUUCAGGUGACAUUUCAGUUUAGUAUUUGGGACAAAAUCAGAGACUUGGAAAACCUGUCAGCCACUGCCAUCUCCAACUUGGUUUCACUGUUGGCUCAUUUAUUAAGGACAAAAUCAUUGCCACUUUCAGUUCUCAAGGUGAUUGAAUUCAGCGAACUGGAUAAACCCAAAGUUCGUUUCUUGAGACAAGUAUUAAGCAUGCUGUUAGUCAAAACAGAUGCUGAAGAACUUAGUGACAUUUUUGUGAGGGUAUCUGACAACCCCAAACUGGGAAUGCUACGGGAAGGCUUGAAACUCUUCCUUACUCACUUCUUACUGAAAAAUGCACAAGCCCAAAAAAGUGCUGAAGAAGCUAGCUUAUUAAAAGAAAGAGUUGAACUAGCAACCAAGGCUUUGCAAGCAAAAGAAUCCAAAUUGAAGCUGUAGUUUGUUCUAAUAAAACACAGAGGAAAACUGAA